AUGUUUCUCCAAACAUCGGCCGUGGCCGGCUUCUUGGUACUGGGAUAUGUUGUUUACUAUCGCUACCUCCACCCACUGGCCAAGUACCCCGGUCCUCCCCUCGCCUCAGUUACCAAUUUAUGGAAAACAUACCAUCUUUGGAACUUGCAUCUCCCGCAUACGCUUGUUCGCCUACAUGAGCAGUACGGUGACGUUGUACGGGUCGGGCCAAAUGAUUUGUCGUUCCGGAAUCCGGACGCCGUCAAUACCAUAUACAAAGCAGGUCGACAAUUACAAAAGACGUCUUUUUACGAUGGGUUUACAACUUUCAAUCCCAACUUGUUUGGAACACAAGAUGAAGAGAUUCACUCCAUCAGGCGACGCCAAAUGGCCCAUGCUUUCUCCCUGCAGUCUAUCAAGGAGAUGGAGCAUUUUGUCGACAGCCAUAUCUUGAAACUUAGAAAAAACCUCGAUCAUUUCUCUGAUAGCAACCAGGAGUUUGAUCUCAAGGACACGAUUGCCUUUUAUGUCUUUGAUGUGCUAGGUGAGCUCGCCUUUAGCAGAAGUUUCGACUCUCAGGAUGAGCGAGACCUAGCCCGAUUACCGCCCGUCAAUGACCAUAUUUAUCUUGCUUGCUUGAUGGGGAUGACACCAGAGGCUCUCCCAUGGAUCAAGAAGGCUCUGCCCUUCAUCCCAAUUCCAUGGCUGCAACGUCUAUUCCACGCUCGUGCGCAGCUCCGAAACCUGACUGCGGCCUGUGUCCGGCAAAGGAUUGAAGCUGGAAACACCGACCGAAAGGACCUCCUUUCGUGCCUGUUGGUGGCUACUGACCCUGAGACUGGGUCCAAGCUUACUGAGCUGGAUAUAAAUACCGAGGCUUUUGCAAUGAUUGUCGCCGGAUCUCAUACAACGUCAGGAACCCUGACGCUAUUAUUCUCCCAUUUACUUCAAAAGCCUGAGGUUUUGAACAGGGUCAUCCAAGAAUUAGAUUCGAAUUUAUCUAAUCAUACGGGUCAAGUCAUUUCCUACAAGGCCCUUGAGAAAGAUCUACCAUACGCAAUGGCAUGCAUAUACGAGAACUUUAGAAUCAACCCUGUGUUUUCCAUGCCAUUACCACGGAAGGUUAUGAGUCCUGGAGGAAUUGUGAUCCAGGGAUGCCAAAUACCUCAGAAGACCACUGUUUUCUCUCUGAACCACGUCGUUCACCAUAACCCAUCGGUUUGGGGCAAGAACCACGAUCAGUUCAACCCAGAUCGCUUCCUUGGUCCGAAUAGCAAGCAACUCCAGGGGUACUUGUCGCCUUUCAGUACUGGACAUCGUAUGUGCAUAGGUAAGAACAUGGCUAUGAUGAAUAUUUUGAAAGUUCUCUCUACGGUGCUGAGAAACUACAAAAUGGAAAUGGUCCAUCCGGAAGAGCCCGUGGAUACUUUGAGUGUGGGUAUUUCUGAGAAGAAAGGAGGACUCAUGUGCAGGAUAUCGAGAAGAUGGUCUUAG